AUGGAGUAGGACACGUGAACUCGACACACAGACUCUCACACCACCAACACCAUCACCAGCGUCGUCCAUCUGCCAGCGACCGACCACGACGACUGAGGCCGACCCUCCCCCAGCGGCGAGCACAAGCAUGCAGGAGUCCCCCGGCUCUGUAGGUGUGGACGGAGGAUACGCCAGCAACGUCCCUGCCUUCCUCACCAAGCUCUGGACUCUGGUGGAAGACCCCGAGACCAACCACCUGAUCUGCUGGAGUGCGACUGGCACCAGUUUUCAUGUUUUCGACCAGGGAAGGUUUGCCAAGGAGGUGCUGCCCAAGUACUUCAAGCACAACAACAUGGCGAGCUUUGUACGCCAACUCAACAUGUAUGGCUUCAGGAAGGUGGUGAACAUUGAGCAGAGUGGCCUGGUGAAGCCGGAGAGAGACGACACCGAGUUCCAGCACCUCUACUUCCUGCAGGGCCACGAGCAUCUGCUAGAGCACAUCAAGAGGAAGGUGUCCAUUGUGAAGAGUGAGGAGACUAAAGUUCGGCAGGAAGAUCUCAGCAAGUUGCUCUAUGAGGUCCAGGUGCUGCGCAGCCAACAGGAGAACAUGGAGUGCCAGAUGCAAGACAUGAAGCAGCAGAAUGAGGUGCUGUGGAGGGAGGUGGUCUCGCUCCGACAGAACCACACGCAGCAGCAGAAGGUUAUGAGCAAGCUGAUUCAGUUCCUGUUCAGCCAGAUGCAAUCCAAUACACCCAACACUGUUGGAAUGAAGAGAAAACUGCCCCUCAUGUUGGAUGACGGCUCCACCAGCCCCCCGGCUUCCAAGUUUAGCCAUAGCCACCCCAUGGAGCCCCUGCAAGAGCCCUUCUACAUCCAGUCGCCAUCUACAGACACAGCCUCUUGCUCCAGCAGCAGCACGAUGACAGGAGGACCAAUCAUAUCAGACGUUACUGAGAUGUCCCAGCCAAACACCAUGGCCAUACAAAUGCAAACAGAAGAGACGAGGGAGAAGUGUAUGAUGCUCAUUAAGGAGGAGCCAGUGAGCCCUGGGGUCAGAGGUCGCAGGGAGGGUGUGGCUCUUGGCUCUUGUGAGGUGUGUGCCGAGCCCCCAGUCCUCCCCGUUGCUAUGGUACAGUCCGUCCUGGAGGGUCGAGGAUCAGGUCCAGCAGAGAGGAGGGCUAAGAGGCCAAUGAUGGAGAGGCCUGAGGUAUCUGAGGCUGUGGAAAGUGUGGACAUGAGUCUGGAGGAUCUGCAGAUGCUCCUCCGGAACCACCAGCAGAGCCUGGAGCCCAGCGCAGCCGCCACUGCCAUGGAUCCAUUUAAUUUCAGCCUUCCCCUGACUGAGUGGAACUUCACAGACAUGGAGUCCAACCUGAAAUCUUACAUGUUUCAGGCGCAGGAGGAGGAUGCCUACAGCAGUGCUGGCUGUGAGGAACAGCAGUAAGGGAAAGACUCUUCUCCAGGCAAGAACCAGCAUGGAGAAAAACUUGCAGGGUAAACGACUGUGGAUUGUGGUUUGGCUUCAUAUCUCUAGGCCCAGCGCACUCAUAAGCCUGACUUGAUGGCUUUGUGUUGCACACUGCUGUGGAUAUAAGACCUCACAUGUGAACACAACAUAACUGUUCAGAUUGGAUUUGACCCAGAGCCGUUCUUUACGACCAGAACACUUUGUCUAUUCAGGACAACAGAUCAAGAAUGUGGACAGCACCUGAACAGCCUUAUAAUGGCACUGACUCAAGACCUUGGCUCAAGGAAUGACCAGCGCCAUCUUUAUCAUCAUAAACAACACUAUUAUCAUCAUCAUCAUCAUCAUCUUCAUGAUCAUCUAUAAUUGAUGAUUCUUUUUGUUUUGAGAAGACUUUCAUACGUUGGCCUUGAGGAUCCUUCACAGAGUAUGACCUGUACAGGUGUGGCAAUGAGCACCUUUCUUUCAUCAUUGGUAAGGUCUGCUCAGAGUCAUGUCUUGAGACAAACAUAUCGUUUGCCAUUACAGUGGGAGCUGUAUGCUCAUUAAUGCAUCAUGUCAUGGUGGCUCAAGUUUGCAUGCAGUUUUAAUAUCUGUGUGAGUUUCAGCUUGUGAAAAUGGAAUUUUCCUUUAAAUAAUUAGUUGUUAUC